AUCCAGUACCCGUCAAGUCCCUGCUACAGUUCCACUCUGAAUCCGGCUCCCGAAAUGCUUCCCGGCGGCAAGUCUACCAAAACCUCCCGUUUUGAACCCAUAGAAAACCCAAGAAAAAUCUCCCUCAACUCCACUGCUUCCUCAUCAACUCCCCUCCCUUCUUCGCCAUCAAAAUCCAUCCAAGAAAAGCAAAACGAUGACAUCCCACUUGACACCUCUUUCUCAUCCUCCCCAUCAGCAUCGGCAACCAUCAUAGCCAGGAAUGAAGAUCUCUUGACUCAAAUUUUACUCAAAUUACCGCCAAAAUCCCUCCUCCGCUUCCAAUGCGUCUCCAAGCAAUGGCUCUCGCUUAUUUCCGACCCCGUCUUCCGCCGCCGGCAUUCGAGUAGGAUCAGGCGCUACCCGACCACUGAUUUCCUCUUUUUCAGUUCUGAUAGCUACCGGAACGAGAUUGAUCUGCUGUCAUUUUCCGGAGAUUGGGUGGAUUCAGUGGGAAAUGUAAGUUCUCCUUUACGGUACUCGCUUGAAGGUGAGAUUUUAAGCUUACAAUCAUGCAAUGGAUUGCUAUGCAUUCAGUUUAUGGUGAAUGAUAUUAGCCGAGAACUAAUUGUGUACAACCCCACAACAUGUAAGCAUAGGAGUAUCCCCUGGCCUUAUGCGGAAAGCAUUCCGCUUGUAAUUCGGUACACUAAUAUAGCUUUUGACCCUGUAAAAUCUGACUACUACAAACUUGUUUGUGUUGGUGUGGACCUUAAUGGGACUUUUUACAGAUUCUUGGUUUAUUCGUCUGAAGCUGGGGUUUGGAGUGUUAGUAGGGAUGCACUUGGGAUGGAUUCUGAUAGUGCGUAUUAUUUUGGUAAAGGCGUGUUAUGGAAUGGGGACGUUCAUUUCUUGGGAAGCGAUUGUUGUACUCUAUGCUUUGAUAUCGAAAAUGAAUGCCUACAACCAUCCACGCCUCGAAUUCCAACUAAUUUGGAGGUUGUGGGCAGAUGGGAUAUUAGGUAUUUUGGGGAAACAGGGGGGAAUUUGUAUGUAAUUUGUCUAAACAAGCCUAAAGCUAUGCUGUUCGAUGUUUUUGCACUGAAGAGGGACUACUCUCAAUGGGUUGUGAAGUAUCGUGUUGAUUUUGCUCCCUUGAUUACUUGUUAUCCUGAGAUGAAGAAUCGUGGUUUCCAUACGCCCUGUUUUGUUGUGGAUAAGGAGGGAAAGAAAGCAAGGAUUGUGAUUUUGGUAGAGGAUAAGUUCAUUUAUUACGAUAUUCAUGGUAUGUUUGUGAAGGAGCUUGUUGAAGUAGUGCCUGUGUAUGCUGAGGUUGGUGGCUGGGGCGAUAGCACGUGGUACAGAUGGUGUGAAGCUUACCAACAUGUUGAUACACUUGCUUCGGUUUAAGGUCUGCAGAUUGUUUGCGCUAGUGUCAAGUGUUUUUGAUUCUGAUGAUCGACCUCCAUAGGUAUCGAAACUCUGUCAAGUGUUUUUGAUUCUGAUGAUCGACCUCCAUUCGUAUCGAAACUCUGUCAAGCGUUGUUUAUUCUGAUGAUCGACCUCCAUAGGUAUCGAAACUAAGUAGUAAGUGGUAAUGGCUUAGUUUUUUGGACCCAUGUAAAAAUGGUGCUAAAAGUCCAUAGCAUGUAUGGUUUAGCUAUUUUGGACUCAUGUGAUUAUCUUUAUGUUUUUUAGUAGAAUCAUCUAAGAAAACCAUGCUGUAUAUGAUGUUCAGGUUUUAUAGUAGCUUACUUCCACAUUUUGAAGCUGUGUUUUCAUUCUGUUUUCUGGUGGUUCUGGAUUCUGGAAAUUAUCAUAAAUAGGUGCUUCAAGUUGUAUAUGGGAUUCUAGGCAGGGAACGCCUUUGUUUGAUCAAUGGGAUGGUUGCUGUGAAUGUUUGUUUCUAGC